GACCCUCCCCCACCACGCUCGCUACCCCGAAUCAUACACGCGGCUCAUCUGUCCGUGUAUACCUACCUAUUCACCACGUUCCUCGCCCAACACACUCCUCACCACUCUCGAAAAAUGGCUGGUCCCGGAGGCGGUCCUCCCCGUCGCAGCCACACCAAGUCGCGCAAGGGCUGCGAGACCUGCAAGCGUCGGCAUAUUCGAUGUGAUGAAAACUUCCCUCAAUGCCGAAACUGCACCAAGCACAAGAUCCGCUGCCCCUACAAUGACAUGCCCGCCAUGGAAGACCGGUCGACGACCCCUGACAAGCCGGGAUCUCAUGUGGACGCCCAGCAUCGUUGCCGACAUUGAGCAGUGGCAGCGCACCGGAAUCUUUCCUUUCCCCAAACUCGCCAUCUCCUCACCCCCAACCCGGCCGAGUACACUCGGUUCCACGCACCGUUAUGUGAUGCACUCGCUGCUGGCUUUCUCCGCCAUGCACAUUGCUUUCCUCACCGACUGUCCCAUCGUCGGCAACCUGGCGUACGAGCACCGCGGUAUUGCUCUCAAGGGCCUGCAGGAGGGUAUCGGCUCAUUUGGCCCGGAAACUUCUGAUGCUGUCUUGGCUGCUUCGCUGGUUCUCUCCUGGCAAGCCACUGACUGGCGGAGCUGGACUCAACUCAUGCAAGGAACCUCAUCGGUUGUCGAUGCCAUGGCUUCCUGGAGCCACGACUCUCAGUUUUAUGACUGGAUCAGGGAAACCGGCACGUUCCCAACGGCCCCUCCUUCGCCCACCCCGGAUCACAGGCCCAGCCAGCCGCGCAAGGAAGACCUGGAUGCCCUGAACCGGACUCUCGCCCAGCUGCAGAAGGUCGAGGCCCACCAGAAACACAACAAGGAGGACACGAAGCACAUCCAGCAGCUCAUCAGCUUUCUCAAGGGAUCCCGCAAAGUCAGCCCGACCUUGUCCGUCGCCCAGCAGUUUGAACGUCUCCGUCCCCUGCGUACCUGGCUUUUCUACCUGCCCGUCAUGGCCCUUCAGCAGAGUGGCUGCUCCGUCAAUUCCCUAGUGACCAUCGCCCAUUACUACACGGUGGCCGUUCUGAUGGAGCGCCUGUUCCCCGAGAUCGGUGCUGCAUACUUUGGCAAUCUUUCCAUUGCACCCGUCGAGGAGAUUGCCCGCUGCCUGUUGUCCAUCAACAUUUCUGGUUCCAUCGAGGGUGAUCUCACUACGCCGAUGAAGCUGAUGCAGUUCCCUCUGGAUAUGGUCAAUGAGUUCCGCAACCGCAUCGGUAUCCUGGAGCCUGCCCGCACGCCCUCGUUCCCGCAGUACAACCCGCCCAACUUCUACACGAACGAGCCGGCCAACCUGCCCCAGGCUACGGAGUCAUUCAUGCCCUACGGCAACCCGGCCUUCAGCUACAGCCAUGAGUCGCUGACUGGUACCAUGCUCAACACGGAGGGCAUUCCCCAGAACGCCGUCAGUCCCUUGACUCUGUCCUCGCCCUUUGUCAACCAUCAGUACCUCAGCAUCCCAUCGCCCAACUAUGGCAGUUACAGCCCGGCCUCGUCCACCUUUGAAGGGUCCAUCGCCUACAGCGACACUGAGGAGUACGGCUCGUAUGACAUGGGCGGCAUGUCUUCCGGCCACCACAUGUUCGGCUCCGGCAGCAACUUGAGCGGGAUGACAACGACACCCGGCUAUCCUCCGCCUGAGGACCCUUACCUGCUUUCGUCGACAGCGCACUCGACAGUUCCCUCCCCCUUCCUGCAGCCCGAGCAACUGGGCAUGCUGCCUCUUCCGGAGUCGCCGAUCCCCGUUCUCGCCUCGAUGCCUCGCCACCGCCGGCCGACUCCGCCCUCCUCUUCCGUGCAGGGAGAGUCUCCCAGUGCCAUCAGCGCGCCCUUCCCCCCACGUCAGCUUGGUCCUGGCCCGUCCCCUCCGCCGGCAUACUUGCCUAGGAGCGAGAAGGGCAAGGAGCGCGAGCUGUAG